AUGGGGUUUGAAGGGGUGGAGUUCAUUUUUGAGGCGACUAAAAAAUCGAGGAGAAUGGGGUUUGAAGGGGUGGAGUUCAUUUUUGAGGCGACUCAAAAAUCGAGGAGAAUGGGGUUUGAAGGGGUGGAGUUCAUUUUUGAGGCGACUCAAAAAUCGAGGAGAAUGGGGUUUGAAGGGGUGGAGUUCAUUUUUGAGGCGACUCAAAAAUCGAGGAGAAUGGGGUUCGAAGGGGUGGAGUUCAUUUUUGAGGCGACUAAAAAAUCGAGGAGAAUGGGGUUUGAAGGGGUGGAGUUCAUUUUUGAGGCGACUCAAAAAUCGAGGAGAAUGGGGUUUGAAGGGGUGGAGUUCAUUUUUGAGGCGACUCAAAAAUCGAGGAGAAUGGGGUUUGAAGGGGUGGAGUUCAUUUUUGAGGCGACUCAAAAAUCGAGGAGAAUGGGGUUUGAAGGGGUGGAGUUCAUUUUUGAGGCGACUCAAAAAUCGAGGAGAAUGGGGUUUGAAGGGGUGGAGUUCAUUUUUGAGGCGACUCAAAAAUCGAGGAGAAUGGGGUUCGAAGGGGUGGAGUUCAUUUUUGAGUCGACUAAAAAAUCGAGGAGAAUGGGGUUUGAAGGGGUGGAGUUCAUUUUUGAGGCGACUCAAAAAUCGAGGAGAAUGGGGUUUGAAGGGGUGGAGUUCAUUUUUGAGGCGACUCAAAAAUCGAGGAGAAUGGGGUUUGAAGGGGUGGAGUUCAUUUUUGAGGCGACUCAAAAAUCGAGGAGAAUGGGGUUUGAAGGGGUGGAGUUCAUUUUUGAGGCGACUCAAAAAUCGAGGAGAAUGGGGUUUGAAGGGGUGGAGUUCAUUUUUGAGGCGACUCAAAAAUCGAGGAGAAUGGGGUUCGAAGGGGUGGAGUUCAUUUUUGAGUCGACUAAAAAAUCGAGGAGAAUGGGGUUUGAAGGGGUGGAGUUCAUUUUUGAGGCGACUCAAAAAUCGAGGAGAAUGGGGUUUGAAGGGGUGGAGUUCAUUUUUGAGGCGACUAAAAAAUCGAGGAGAAUGGGGUUUGAAGGGGUGGAGUUCAUUUUUGAGGCGACUCAAAAAUCGAGGAGAAUGGGGUUUGAAGGGGUGGAGUUCAUUUUUGAGGCGACUCAAAAAUCGAGGAGAAUGGGGUUUGAAGGGGUGGAGUUCAUUUUUGAGGCGACUCAAAAAUCGAGGAGAAUGGGGUUUGAAGGGGUGGAGUUCAUUUUUGAGGCGACUCAAAAAUCGAGGAGAAUGGGGUUCGAAGGGGUGGAGUUCAUUUUUGAGGCGACUAAAAAAUCGAGGAGAAUGGGGUUUGAAGGGGUGGAGUUCAUUUUUGAGGCGACUCAAAAAUCGAGGAGAAUGGGGUUUGAAGGGGUGGAGUUCAUUUUUGAGGCGACUAAAAAAUCGAGGAGAAUGGGGUUUGAAGGGGUGGAGUUCAUUUUUGAGGCGACUCAAAAAUCGAGGAGAAUGGGGUUUGAAGGGGUGGAGUUCAUUUUUGAGGCGACUCAAAAAUCGAGGAGAAUGGGGUUUGAAGGGGUGGAGUUCAUUUUUGAGGCGACUCAAAAAUCGAGGAGAAUGGGGUUUGAAGGGGUGGAGUUCAUUUUUGAGGCGACUCAAAAAUCGAGGAGAAUGGGGUUUGAAGGGGUGGAGUUCAUUUUUGAGGCGACUCAAAAAUCGAGGAGAAUGGGGUUCGAAGGGGUGGAGUUCAUUUUUGAGUCGACUAAAAAAUCGAGGAGAAUGGGGUUUGAAGGGGUGGAGUUCAUUUUUGAGGCGACUCAAAAAUCGAGGAGAAUGGGGUUUGAAGGGGUGGAGUUCAUUUUUGAGGCGACUCAAAAAUCGAGGAGAAUGGGGUUUGAAGGGGUGGAGUUCAUUUUUGAGGCGACUCAAAAAUCGAGGAGAAUGGGGUUUGAAGGGGUGGAGUUCAUUUUUGAGGCGACUCAAAAAUCGAGGAGAAUGGGGUUUGAAGGGGUGGAGUUCAUUUUUGAGGCGACUCAAAAAUCGAGGAGAAUGGGGUUUGAAGGGGUGGAGUUCAUUUUUGAGGCGACUCAAAAAUCGAGGAGAAUGGGGUUUGAAGGGGUGGAGUUCAUUUUUGAGGCGACUCAAAAAUCGAGGAGAAUGGGGUUUGAAGGGGUGGAGUUCAUUUUUGAGGCGACUAAAAAAUCGAGGAGAAUGGGGUUUGAAGGGGUGGAGUUCAUUUUUGAGGCGACUCAAAAAUCGAGGAGAAUGGGGUUUGAAGGGGUGGAGUUCAUUUUUGAGGCGACUCAAAAAUCGAGGAGAAUGGGGUUUGAAGGGGUGGAGUUCAUUUUUGAGGCGACUCAAAAAUCGAGGAGAAUGGGGUUUGAAGGGGUGGAGUUCAUUUUUGAGGCGACUCAAAAAUCGAGGAGAAUGGGGUUUGAAGGGGUGGAGUUCAUUUUUGAGGCGACUCAAAAAUCGAGGAGAAUGGGGUUUGAAGGGGUGGAGUUCAUUUUUGAGGCGACUCAAAAAUCGAGGAGAAUGGGGUUUGAAGGGGUGGAGUUCAUUUUUGAGGCGACUCAAAAAUCGAGGAGAAUGGGGUUUGAAGGGGUGGAGUUCAUUUUUGAGGCGACUCAAAAAUCGAGGAGAAUGGGGUUUGAAGGGGUGGAGUUCAUUUUUGAGGCGACUCAAAAAUCGAGGAGAAUGGGGUUUGAAGGGGUGGAGUUCAUUUUUGAGGCGACUCAAAAAUCGAGGAGAAUGGGGUUUGAAGGGGUGGAGUUCAUUUUUGAGGCGACUAAAAAAUCGAGGAGAAUGGGGUUUGAAGGGGUGGAGUUCAUUUUUGAGGCGACUCAAAAAUCGAGGAGAAUGGGGUUUGAAGGGGUGGAGUUCAUUUUUGAGGCGACUCAAAAAUCGAGGAGAAUGGGGUUUGAAGGGGUGGAGUUCAUUUUUGAGGCGACUCAAAAAUCGAGGAGAAUGGGGUUUGAAGGGGUGGAGUUCAUUUUUGAGGCGACUCAAAAAUCGAGGAGAAUGGGGUUUGAAGGGGUGGAGUUCAUUUUUGAGGCGACUCAAAAAUCGAGGAGAAUGGGGUUUGAAGGGGUGGAGUUCAUUUUUGAGGCGACUCAAAAAUCGAGGAGAAUGGGGUUUGAAGGGGUGGAGUUCAUUUUUGAGGCGACUCAAAAAUCGAGGAGAAUGGGGUUUGAAGGGGUGGAGUUCAUUUUUGAGUCGACUAAAAAAUCGAGGAGAAUGGGGUUUGAAGGGGUGGAGUUCAUUUUUGAGGCGACUCAAAAAUCGAGGAGAAUGGGGUUUGAAGGGGUGGAGUUCAUUUUUGAGGCGACUCAAAAAUCGAGGAGAAUGGGGUUUGAAGGGGUGGAGUUCAUUUUUGAGGCGACUCAAAAAUCGAGGAGAAUGGGGUUUGAAGGGGGGUGGAGUUCAUUUUUGAGGCGACUCAAAAAAUCGAGGAGAAUGGGGUUUGAAGGGGUGGAGUUCAUUUUUGAGGCGACUCAAAAAUCGAGGAGAAUGGGGUUUGAAGGGGUGGAGUUCAUUUUUGAGUCGACUAAAAAAUCGAGGAGAAUGGGGUUUGAAGGGGUGGAGUUCAUUUUUGAGGCGACUCAAAAAUCGAGGAGAAUGGGGUUUGAAGGGGUGGAGUUCAUUUUUGAGGCGACUCAAAAAUCGAGGAGAAUGGGGUUUGAAGGGGUGGAGUUCAUUUUUGAGGCGACUCAAAAAUCGAGGAGAAUGGGGUUUGAAGGGGUGGAGUUCAUUUUUGAGGCGACUCAAAAAUCGAGGAGAAUGGGGUUUGAAGGGGUGGAGUUCAUUUUUGAGGCGACUCAAAAAUCGAGGAGAAUGGGGUUUGAAGGGGUGGAGUUCAUUUUUGAGGCGACUCAAAAAUCGAGGAGAAUGGGGUUUGAAGGGGUGGAGUUCAUUUUUGAGGCGACUCAAAAAUCGAGGAGAAUGGGGUUUGAAGGGGUGGAGUUCAUUUUGAGGCGACUCAAAAAUCGAGGAGAAUGGGGUUUGAAGGGGGGUGGAGUUCAUUUUGAGGCGACUCAAAAAUCGAGGAGAAUGGGGUUUGAAGGGGUGGAGUUCAUUUUUGAGGCGACUCAAAAAUCGAGGAGAAUGGGGUUUGAAGGGGUGGAGUUCAUUUUUGAGGCGACUCAAAAAUCGAGGAGAAUGGGGUUUGAAGGGGUGGAGUUCAUUUUUGAGGCGACUCAAAAAUCGAGGAGAAUGGGGUUUGAAGGGGUGGAGUUCAUUUUUGAGGCGACUCAAAAAUCGAGGAGAAUGGGGUUCGAAGGGGUGGAGUUCAUUUUUGAGGCGACUAAAAAAUCGAGGAGAAUGGGGUUUGAAGGGGUGGAGUUCAUUUUUGAGGCGACUCAAAAAUCGAGGAGAAUGGGGUUUGAAGGGGUGGAGUUCAUUUUUGAGGCGACUCAAAAAUCGAGGAGAAUGGGGUUUGAAGGGGUGGAGUUCAUUUUUGAGGCGACUCAAAAAUCGAGGAGAAUGGGGUUUGAAGGGGUGGAGUUCAUUUUUGAGGCGACUCAAAAAUCGAGGAGAAUGGGGUUUGAAGGGGUGGAGUUCAUUUUUGAGGCGACUCAAAAAUCGAGGAGAAUGGGGUUUGAAGGGGUGGAGUUCAUUUUUGAGGCGACUCAAAAAUCGAGGAGAAUGGGGUUUGAAGGGGUGGAGUUCAUUUUUGAGGCGACUCAAAAAUCGAGGAGAAUGGGGUUUGAAGGGGUGGAGUUCAUUUUUGAGUCGACUAAAAAAUCGAGGAGAAUGGGGUUUGAAGGGGUGGAGUUCAUUUUUGAGGCGACUCAAAAAUCGAGGAGAAUGGGGUUUGAAGGGGUGGAGUUCAUUUUUGAGGCGACUCAAAAAUCGAGGAGAAUGGGGUUUGAAGGGGUGGAGUUCAUUUUUGAGGCGACUCAAAAAUCGAGGAGAAUGGGGUUCGAAGGGGUGGAGUUCAUUUUUGAGGCGACUAAAAAAUCGAGGAGAAUGGGGUUUGAAGGGGUGGAGUUCAUUUUUGAGGCGACUCAAAAAUCGAGGAGAAUGGGGUUUGAAGGGGUGGAGUUCAUUUUUGAGGCGACUCAAAAAUCGAGGAGAAUGGGGUUUGAAGGGGUGGAGUUCAUUUUGAGGCGACUCAAAAAUCGAGGAGAAUGGGGUUUGAAGGGGGGUGGAGUUCAUUUUGAGGCGACUCAAAAAUCGAGGAGAAUGGGGUUUGAAGGGGUGGAGUUCAUUUUUGAGGCGACUCAAAAAUCGAGGAGAAUGGGGUUUGAAGGGGUGGAGUUCAUUUUUGAGGCGACUCAAAAAUCGAGGAGAAUGGGGUUUGAAGGGGUGGAGUUCAUUUUUGAGGCGACUCAAAAAUCGAGGAGAAUGGGGUUUGAAGGGGUGGAGUUCAUUUUUGAGGCGACUCAAAAAUCGAGGAGAAUGGGGUUUGAAGGGGUGGAGUUCAUUUUUGAGGCGACUCAAAAAUCGAGGAGAAUGGGGUUUGAAGGGGUGGAGUUCAUUUUUGAGGCGACUCAAAAAUCGAGGAGAAUGGGGUUUGAAGGGGUGGAGUUCAUUUUUGAGGCGACUCAAAAAUCGAGGAGAAUGGGGUUUGAAGGGGUGGAGUUCAUUUUUGAGGCGACUCAAAAAUCGAGGAGAAUGGGGUUUGAAGGGGUGGAGUUCAUUUUUGAGGCGACUCAAAAAUCGAGGAGAAUGGGGUUUGAAGGGGGGUGGAGUUCAUUUUUGAGGCGACUCAAAAAAUCGAGGAGAAUGGGGUUUGAAGGGGUGGAGUUCAUUUUUGAGGCGACUCAAAAAUCGAGGAGAAUGGGGUUUGAAGGGGUGGAGUUCAUUUUUGAGGCGACUCAAAAAUCGAGGAGAAUGGGGUUUGAAGGGGUGGAGUUCAUUUUUGAGGCGACUCAAAAAUCGAGGAGAAUGGGGUUUGAAGGGGUGGAGUUCAUUUUUGAGGCGACUCAAAAAUCGAGGAGAAUGGGGUUUGAAGGGGUGGAGUUCAUUUUUGAGGCGACUCAAAAAUCGAGGAGAAUGGGGUUUGAAGGGGUGGAGUUCAUUUUUGAGGCGACUCAAAAAUCGAGGAGAAUGGGGUUUGAAGGGGUGGAGUUCAUUUUUGAGGCGACUCAAAAAUCGAGGAGAAUGGGGUUUGAAGGGGUGGAGUUCAUUUUUGAGGCGACUCAAAAAUCGAGGAGAAUGGGGUUUGAAGGGGUGGAGUUCAUUUUUGAGGCGACUCAAAAAUCGAGGAGAAUGGGGUUUGAAGGGGUGGAGUUCAUUUUUGAGGCGACUCAAAAAUCGAGGAGAAUGGGGUUUGAAGGGGUGGAGUUCAUUUUUGAGGCGACUCAAAAAUCGAGGAGAAUGGGGUUUGAAGGGGUGGAGUUCAUUUUUGAGGCGACUCAAAAAUCGAGGAGAAUGGGGUUUGAAGGGGUGGAGUUCAUUUUUGAGGCGACUAAAAAAUCGAGGAGAAUGGGGUUUGAAGGGGUGGAGUUCAUUUUUGAGGCGACUCAAAAAUCGAGGAGAAUGGGGUUUGAAGGGGGGUGGAGUUCAUUUUUGAGGCGACUCAAAAAAUCGAGGAGAAUGGGGUUUGAAGGGGUGGAGUUCAUUUUUGAGGCGACUCAAAAAUCGAGGAGAAUGGGGUUUGAAGGGGUGGAGUUCAUUUUUGAGGCGACUCAAAAAUCGAGGAGAAUGGGGUUUGAAGGGGUGGAGUUCAUUUUUGAGGCGACUCAAAAAUCGAGGAGAAUGGGGUUUGAAGGGGUGGAGUUCAUUUUUGAGGCGACUCAAAAAUCGAGGAGAAUGGGGUUUGAAGGGGUGGAGUUCAUUUUUGAGGCGACUCAAAAAUCGAGGAGAAUGGGGUUUGAAGGGGUGGAGUUCAUUUUUGAGGCGACUCAAAAAUCGAGGAGAAUGGGGUUUGAAGGGGUGGAGUUCAUUUUUGAGGCGACUCAAAAAUCGAGGAGAAUGGGGUUUGAAGGGGUGGAGUUCAUUUUUGAGGCGACUCAAAAAUCGAGGAGAAUGGGGUUUGAAGGGGUGGAGUUCAUUUUUGAGGCGACUCAAAAAUCGAGGAGAAUGGGGUUUGAAGGGGUGGAGUUCAUUUUUGAGGCGACUCAAAAAUCGAGGAGAAUGGGGUUUGAAGGGGUGGAGUUCAUUUUUGAGGCGACUCAAAAAUCGAGGAGAAUGGGGUUUGAAGGGGUGGAGUUCAUUUUUGAGGCGACUCAAAAAUCGAGGAGAAUGGGGUUUGAAGGGGUGGAGUUCAUUUUUGAGGCGACUCAAAAAUCGAGGAGAAUGGGGUUUGAAGGGGUGGAGUUCAUUUUUGAGGCGACUCAAAAAUCGAGGAGAAUGGGGUUUGAAGGGGUGGAGUUCAUUUUUGAGGCGACUCAAAAAUCGAGGAGAAUGGGGUUUGAAGGGGUGGAGUUCAUUUUUGAGGCGACUCAAAAAUCGAGGAGAAUGGGGUUUGAAGGGGUGGAGUUCAUUUUUGAGGCGACUCAAAAAUCGAGGAGAAUGGGGUUUGAAGGGGUGGAGUUCAUUUUUGAGGCGACUCAAAAAUCGAGGAGAAUGGGGUUUGAAGGGGUGGAGUUCAUUUUUGAGGCGACUCAAAAAUCGAGGAGAAUGGGGUUUGAAGGGGUGGAGUUCAUUUUUGAGGCGACUCAAAAAUCGAGGAGAAUGGGGUUUGAAGGGGUGGAGUUCAUUUUUGAGGCGACUCAAAAAUCGAGGAGAAUGGGGUUUGAAGGGGUGGAGUUCAUUUUUGAGGCGACUCAAAAAUCGAGGAGAAUGGGGUUUGAAGGGGUGGAGUUCAUUUUUGAGGCGACUCAAAAAUCGAGGAGAAUGGGGUUUGAAGGGGUGGAGUUCAUUUUUGAGGCGACUCAAAAAUCGAGGAGAAUGGGGUUUGAAGGGGUGGAGUUCAUUUUUGAGGCGACUCAAAAAUCGAGGAGAAUGGGGUUUGAAGGGGUGGAGUUCAUUUUUGAGGCGACUCAAAAAUCGAGGAGAAUGGGGUUUGAAGGGGUGGAGUUCAUUUUUGAGGCGACUCAAAAAUCGAGGAGAAUGGGGUUUGAAGGGGUGGAGUUCAUUUUUGAGGCGACUCAAAAAUCGAGGAGAAUGGGGUUUGAAGGGGUGGAGUUCAUUUUUGAGGCGACUCAAAAAUCGAGGAGAAUGGGGUUUGAAGGGGUGGAGUUCAUUUUUGAGGCGACUCAAAAAUCGAGGAGAAUGGGGUUUGAAGGGGUGGAGUUCAUUUUUGAGGCGACUCAAAAAUCGAGGAGAAUGGGGUUUGAAGGGGUGGAGUUCAUUUUUGAGGCGACUCAAAAAUCGAGGAGAAUGGGGUUUGAAGGGGUGGAGUUCAUUUUUGAGGCGACUCAAAAAUCGAGGAGAAUGGGGUUUGAAGGGGUGGAGUUCAUUUUUGAGUCGACUAAAAAAUCGAGGAGAAUGGGGUUUGAAGGGGUGGAGUUCAUUUUUGAGGCGACUCAAAAAUCGAGGAGAAUGGGGUUUGAAGGGGUGGAGUUCAUUUUUGAGGCGACUCAAAAAUCGAGGAGAAUGGGGUUUGAAGGGGUGGAGUUCAUUUUUGAGGCGACUCAAAAAUCGAGGAGAAUGGGGUUUGAAGGGGUGGAGUUCAUUUUUGAGUCGACUCAAAAAUCGAGGAGAAUGGGGUUUGAAGGGGUGGAGUUCAUUUUUGAGGCGACUCAAAAAUCGAGGAGAAUGGGGUUUGAAGGGGUGGAGUUCAUUUUUGAGGCGACUCAAAAAUCGAGGAGAAUGGGGUUUGAAGGGGUGGAGUUCAUUUUUGAGGCGACUCAAAAAUCGAGGAGAAUGGGGUUUGAAGGGGUGGAGUUCAUUUUUGAGGCGACUCAAAAAUCGAGGAGAAUGGGGUUUGAAGGGGGGUGGAGUUCAUUUUUGAGGCGACUCAAAAAAUCGAGGAGAAUGGGGUUUGAAGGGGUGGAGUUCAUUUUUGAGGCGACUCAAAAAUCGAGGAGAAUGGGGUUUGAAGGGGUGGAGUUCAUUUUUGAGGCGACUCAAAAAUCGAGGAGAAUGGGGUUUGAAGGGGUGGAGUUCAUUUUUGAGGCGACUCAAAAAUCGAGGAGAAUGGGGUUUGAAGGGGUGGAGUUCAUUUUUGAGGCGACUCAAAAAUCGAGGAGAAUGGGGUUUGAAGGGGUGGAGUUCAUUUUUGAGGCGACUCAAAAAUCGAGGAGAAUGGGGUUUGAAGGGGUGGAGUUCAUUUUUGAGGCGACUCAAAAAUCGAGGAGAAUGGGGUUUGAAGGGGUGGAGUUCAUUUUUGAGGCGACUCAAAAAUCGAGGAGAAUGGGGUUUGAAGGGGUGGAGUUCAUUUUUGAGGCGACUCAAAAAUCGAGGAGAAUGGGGUUUGAAGGGGUGGAGUUCAUUUUUGAGGCGACUCAAAAAUCGAGGAGAAUGGGGUUUGAAGGGGUGGAGUUCAUUUUUGAGGCGACUCAAAAAUCGAGGAGAAUGGGGUUUGAAGGGGUGGAGUUCAUUUUUGAGGCGACUCAAAAAUCGAGGAGAAUGGGGUUUGAAGGGGUGGAGUUCAUUUUUGAGGCGACUCAAAAAUCGAGGAGAAUGGGGUUUGAAGGGGUGGAGUUCAUUUUUGAGGCGACUCAAAAAUCGAGGAGAAUGGGGUUUGAAGGGGUGGAGUUCAUUUUUGAGGCGACUCAAAAAUCGAGGAGAAUGGGGUUUGAAGGGGUGGAGUUCAUUUUUGAGGCGACUCAAAAAUCGAGGAGAAUGGGGUUUGAAGGGGUGGAGUUCAUUUUUGAGGCGACUCAAAAAUCGAGGAGAAUGGGGUUUGAAGGGGUGGAGUUCAUUUUUGAGGCGACUCAAAAAUCGAGGAGAAUGGGGUUUGAAGGGGUGGAGUUCAUUUUUGAGGCGACUCAAAAAUCGAGGAGAAUGGGGUUUGAAGGGGUGGAGUUCAUUUUUGAGGCGACUCAAAAAUCGAGGAGAAUGGGGUUUGAAGGGGUGGAGUUCAUUUUUGAGGCGACUCAAAAAUCGAGGAGAAUGGGGUUUGAAGGGGUGGAGUUCAUUUUUGAGGCGACUCAAAAAUCGAGGAGAAUGGGGUUUGAAGGGGUGGAGUUCAUUUUUGAGGCGACUCAAAAAUCGAGGAGAAUGGGGUUUGAAGGGGUGGAGUUCAUUUUUGAGGCGACUCAAAAAUCGAGGAGAAUGGGGGUGGAGUUCAUUUUUGAGGCGACUCAAAAAUCGAGGAGAAUGGGGUUUGAAGGGGUGGAGUUCAUUUUUGAGGCGACUCAAAAAUCGAGGAGAAUGGGGUUUGAAGGGGUGGAGUUCAUUUUUGAGGCGACUCAAAAAUCGAGGAGAAUGGGGUUUGAAGGGGUGGAGUUCAUUUUUGAGGCGACUCAAAAAUCGAGGAGAAUGGGGUUUGAAGGGGUGGAGUUCAUUUUUGAGGCGACUCAAAAAUCGAGGAGAAUGGGGUUUGAAGGGGUGGAGUUCAUUUUUGAGGCGACUCAAAAAUCGAGGAGAAUGGGGUUUGAAGGGGUGGAGUUCAUUUUUGAGGCGACUCAAAAAUCGAGGAGAAUGGGGUUUGAAGGGGUGGAGUUCAUUUUUGAGGCGACUCAAAAAUCGAGGAGAAUGGGGUUUGAAGGGGUGGAGUUCAUUUUUGAGGCGACUCAAAAAUCGAGGAGAAUGGGGUUUGAAGGGGUGGAGUUCAUUUUUGAGGCGACUCAAAAAUCGAGGAGAAUGGGGUUUGAAGGGGUGGAGUUCAUUUUUGAGGCGACUCAAAAAUCGAGGAGAAUGGGGUUUGAAGGGGUGGAGUUCAUUUUUGAGGCGACUCAAAAAUCGAGGAGAAUGGGGUUUGAAGGGGUGGAGUUCAUUUUUGAGGCGACUCAAAAAUCGAGGAGAAUGGGGUUUGAAGGGGUGGAGUUCAUUUUUGAGGCGACUCAAAAAUCGAGGAGAAUGGGGUUUGAAGGGGUGGAGUUCAUUUUUGAGGCGACUCAAAAAUCGAGGAGAAUGGGGUUUGAAGGGGUGGAGUUCAUUUUUGAGGCGACUCAAAAAUCGAGGAGAAUGGGGUUUGAAGGGGUGGAGUUCAUUUUUGAGGCGACUCAAAAAUCGAGGAGAAUGGGGUUUGAAGGGGUGGAGUUCAUUUUUGAGGCGACUCAAAAAUCGAGGAGAAUGGGGUUUGAAGGGGUGGAGUUCAUUUUGAGGCGACUCAAAAAUCGAGGAGAAUGGGGUUUGAAGGGGUGGAGUUCAUUUUUGAGGCGACUCAAAAAUCGAGGAGAAUGGGGUUUGAAGGGGUGGAGUUCAUUUUUGAGGCGACUCAAAAAUCGAGGAGAAUGGGGUUUGAAGGGGUGGAGUUCAUUUUUGAGGCGACUCAAAAAUCGAGGAGAAUGGGGUUUGAAGGGGUGGAGUUCAUUUUUGAGGCGACUCAAAAAAUCGAGGAGAAUGGGGUUUGAAGGGGUGGAGUUCAUUUUUGAGGCGACUCAAAAAUCGAGGAGAAUGGGGUUUGAAGGGGUGGAGUUCAUUUUUGAGGCGACUCAAAAAUCGAGGAGAAUGGGGUUUGAAGGGGUGGAGUUCAUUUUUGAGGCGACUCAAAAAUCGAGGAGAAUGGGGUUUGAAGGGGUGGAGUUCAUUUUUGAGGCGACUCAAAAAUCGAGGAGAAUGGGGUUUGAAGGGGUGGAGUUCAUUUUUGAGGCGACUCAAAAAUCGAGGAGAAUGGGGUUUGAAGGGGUGGAGUUCAUUUUUGAGGCGACUCAAAAAUCGAGGAGAAUGGGGUUUGAAGGGGUGGAGUUCAUUUUUGAGGCGACUCAAAAAUCGAGGAGAAUGGGGUUUGAAGGGGUGGAGUUCAUUUUUGAGGCGACUCAAAAAUCGAGGAGAAUGGGGUUUGAAGGGGUGGAGUUCAUUUUUGAGGCGACUCAAAAAUCGAGGAGAAUGGGGUUCGAAGGGGUGGAGUUCAUUUUUGAGGCGACUCAAAAAUCGAGGAGAAUGGGGUUUGAAGGGGUGGAGUUCAUUUUUGAGGCGACUCAAAAAUCGAGGAGAAUGGGGUUUGAAGGGGUGGAGUUCAUUUUUGAGGCGACUCAAAAAUCGAGGAGAAUGGGGUUUGAAGGGGUGGAGUUCAUUUUUGAGGCGACUCAAAAAUCGAGGAGAAUGGGGUUUGAAGGGGUGGAGUUCAUUUUUGAGGCGACUCAAAAAUCGAGGAGAAUGGGGUUUGAAGGGGUGGAGUUCAUUUUUGAGGCGACUCAAAAAUCGAGGAGAAUGGGGUUUGAAGGGGUGGAGUUCAUUUUUGAGGCGACUCAAAAAUCGAGGAGAAUGGGGUUUGAAGGGGUGGAGUUCAUUUUUGAGGCGACUCAAAAAUCGAGGAGAAUGGGGUUUGAAGGGGUGGAGUUCAUUUUUGAGGCGACUCAAAAAUCGAGGAGAAUGGGGUUUGAAGGGGUGGAGUUCAUUUUUGAGGCGACUCAAAAAUCGAGGAGAAUGGGGUUUGAAGGGGUGGAGUUCAUUUUUGAGGCGACUCAAAAAUCGAGGAGAAUGGGGUUUGAAGGGGUGGAGUUCAUUUUUGAGGCGACUCAAAAAUCGAGGAGAAUGGGGUUUGAAGGGGUGGAGUUCAUUUUUGAGGCGACUCAAAAAUCGAGGAGAAUGGGGUUUGAAGGGGUGGAGUUCAUUUUUGAGGCGACUCAAAAAUCGAGGAGAAUGGGGUUUGAAGGGGUGGAGUUCAUUUUUGAGGCGACUCAAAAAUCGAGGAGAAUGGGGUUUGAAGGGGUGGAGUUCAUUUUUGAGGCGACUCAAAAAUCGAGGAGAAUGGGGUUUGAAGGGGUGGAGUUCAUUUUUGAGGCGACUCAAAAAUCGAGGAGAAUGGGGUUUGAAGGGGUGGAGUUCAUUUUUGAGGCGACUCAAAAAUCGAGGAGAAUGGGGUUUGAAGGGGUGGAGUUCAUUUUUGAGGCGACUCAAAAAUCGAGGAGAAUGGGGUUUGAAGGGGUGGAGUUCAUUUUUGAGGCGACUCAAAAAUCGAGGAGAAUGGGGUUUGAAGGGGUGGAGUUCAUUUUUGAGGCGACUCAAAAAUCGAGGAGAAUGGGGUUUGAAGGGGUGGAGUUCAUUUUUGAGGCGACUCAAAAAUCGAGGAGAAUGGGGUUUGAAGGGGUGGAGUUCAUUUUUGAGGCGACUCAAAAAUCGAGGAGAAUGGGGUUUGAAGGGGUGGAGUUCAUUUUUGAGGCGACUCAAAAAUCGAGGAGAAUGGGGUUUGAAGGGGUGGAGUUCAUUUUUGAGGCGACUCAAAAAUCGAGGAGAAUGGGGUUUGAAGGGGUGGAGUUCAUUUUUGAGGCGACUCAAAAAUCGAGGAGAAUGGGGUUUGAAGGGGUGGAGUUCAUUUUUGAGGCGACUCAAAAAUCGAGGAGAAUGGGGUUUGAAGGGGUGGAGUUCAUUUUUGAGGCGACUCAAAAAUCGAGGAGAAUGGGGUUUGAAGGGGUGGAGUUCAUUUUUGAGGCGACUCAAAAAUCGAGGAGAAUGGGGUUUGAAGGGGUGGAGUUCAUUUUUGAGGCGACUCAAAAAUCGAGGAGAAUGGGGUUUGAAGGGGUGGAGUUCAUUUUUGAGGCGACUAAAAAAUCGAGGAGAAUGGGGUUUGAAGGGGUGGAGUUCAUUUUUGAGGCGACUCAAAAAUCGAGGAGAAUGGGGUUUGAAGGGGUGGAGUUCAUUUUUGAGGCGACUCAAAAAUCGAGGAGAAUGGGGUUUGAAGGGGUGGAGUUCAUUUUUGAGGCGACUCAAAAAUCGAGGAGAAUGGGGUUUGAAGGGGUGGAGUUCAUUUUUGAGGCGACUCAAAAAUCGAGGAGAAUGGGGUUUGAAGGGGUGGAGUUCAUUUUUGAGGCGACUCAAAAAUCGAGGAGAAUGGGGUUUGAAGGGGUGGAGUUCAUUUUUGAGGCGACUCAAAAAUCGAGGAGAAUGGGGUUUGAAGGGGUGGAGUUCAUUUUUGAGGCGACUCAAAAAUCGAGGAGAAUGGGGUUUGAAGGGGUGGAGUUCAUUUUUGAGGCGACUCAAAAAAUCGAGGAGAAUGGGGUUUGA